AGCUAUAAGACCAGGUAAACGCAGCAGGGGAGACACCAAGGAUGGAGAUGCUCCAGGGGCUGCUGCUGUUGCUGCUGCUGAGCGUGGCCGGGGUGUGGGCACCCAGGGGGCCACUGCGGCCGCUGUGCCGGCCCAUCAACGCCACCCUGGCCGCUGAGAACGAGGCCUGCCCUGUCUGCAUCACCUUCACCACCAGUAUCUGUGCCGGCUACUGCCCCAGCAUGGUUCGGGUGCUGCCGGCUGCCCUGCCGCCUGUGCCCCAGCCAGUGUGCACCUACCGCGAGCUGCGCUUUGCCUCCAUCCGGCUCCCCGGCUGCCCGCCUGGUGUGGACCCAAUGGUCUCCUUUCCCGUGGCCCUCAGCUGUCACUGCGGGCCCUGCCGCCUCAGCAGCUCUGACUGUGGGGGUCCCAGAGCCCAGCCCUUGGCCUGUGACCGCUCCCCUCGCCCAGGCCUCCUCUUCCUCUAA